AUGGCCCCCAGAUCGCGCCUCGCCGAAGCGGCGCUGCCCAAGCCGCCAACGAUUCUCUCCUCGACGCUGGUGAUAUCGGAGCACUGCGCGAUGGUCGGGACGCACCCCGUCAAGAUCGGCAACCACACUGUGAUCCACCCCCGGUGCCGUCUGAACUCGACACUCGGGCCGAUCACGAUAGGCGACUAUUGCAUUCUCAACGAGCGCACGCAGAUCACGCCGAGCGAUUCCACCGGCAUCACGAUCGACGACCACGUCGUCGUCGAGACGAAUGCCGUCGUCGAGGCGAGGUCCCUCGGUGAGGGCUGUACGGUCGAGGUCGGCGCGAAGAUCGGGAAGAGAGCGAACUGUAAAUUCACGCCGCUGACGGUGAUUGCCGAUGACGAACUGGUGGAAGAUGAUACGGUUGUGUGGGGGUUCGGCGCGCGGAGGAAGGAUAUGAGUGGAAGCAAGGAGGCGCGGUUGAAAUCAGUCGAGAAGCAGGUUGAGGCGCUGAGGGGAGUUGUGGCCAGCAAUCGCACCAAAUUCCUGUCCUGAGAAACCGAGCCAUGGAGACUUGCUGUGUCAAUAGUAGGUCCGAGAGCCAGACACCGCCCCCGCUAAAGAGAGGAGACGCGUUCUCGGCCCAUCUUCACACACCGGCUGGAUGCAUUAUGGGAGUGACAUUGUAUGAUCCGGGUUUGCCAAGCCAUGCAAUGACGAAUCAGCACACGCAAGGUGCCUCCGUUUUUGGCUGCACGUCAAUCAAAGCUAAACUCCCACAGAUCUUUGUCCGUAACUAACUAAAAUACAGAACACUAUGG